AUGCGUGUCGAGUUGCAAAAUGACCAAUCUGGAAACAUAUUCUCUAAACAACUCAUUGACAUUGGUAAUGGCAAAUUUCCUAUAGACAUGUUGACUGGCUGCAUUAACUUUCCUCAAAGUUUUUGUCAGUUAACUCGAUCAAAAGAUGAACUUAUUCAGAAGGUGUUUCCAGAUGUUUCUCAAAAUUACAGAAACCAUGAUUGGUUGAGCGAACGAGCUAUACUGGCUGCAAAAAACAUAGAUGUAAAUGAAUUAAAUUUCAAAAUUCAAGAACAAAUUACAGGCGAAUUGAGGAUAUAUAAAUCAGUUGAUUCGGCUACUAAUCAAGAUGAUGUAGUCAACUAUCCACCGGAAUUUUUAAACUCGCUGGAUUUGCCAGGAUUGCCACCUCACAAUCUUCAAUUAAAGGUUGGAUCGAUGGUUAUAAUGUUGCGAAAUAUCAACCAACCGCGUCUUUGCAACGGUACACGGUUAGCGAUAAAAAAAUUACUAAACAAUGUGAUAGAAGCAACUAUACUCAACGGAAAGUAUAAAGGAGAAGAUGUUCUCAUACCGCGCAUCCCAAUGAUUCCGACUGAUGUGCCAUUUGAGUUUAAACGACUACAGUUUCCAGUGCGUCUUUCUUUUGCUAUGACUAUAAACAAGUCCCAGGGGCAAUCAUUAAGUGUUUGUGGUAUUAAUCUAGAAAACCCAUGUUUCUCACAUGGUCAAUUGUAUGUUGCCUGUUCCCGUGUUGGAAAACCAUCAGAUUUGUUUAUCUAUGCGCCAGAAAAUACAUCUAUUGACACAAAACUUCCAUCAGAAUCUGCUGAUGAAAAUAUUCUAAAAAAGUCUUUUGAUCAGAGCCCAACUUAG